UCAAGAUUCCUGCAUGUUUCAGUCUUGGCACCCUGGAGCAAUGAAGUCUGCACGUGUAUCCAUAUAUGGGUCACGGGUCCACGUGUAAGUUUGACUGCGUGAGGGUGGAUAGGUGAGACCACCGGAGAGCAGAUAUAUGCGGACAUCUCCGCGAUCCCUGAAAUACCAGUACAGUGCGAGAGGGGGGAGAAGGGGGCCAGCCCGGUCUAGCAAAUGAGAAAAUAGAGAAGUGGGGAGUCCGACGGUGAAUUUUACGUCAGGCUUGAGACGUGGGCGUGAAGAAGGGAGAGAAAAAACACGAGGCAUUACCGCCUUCUCUUAACGGGGUGCACCAUUUCAUUUCACCGCGCCGCCGCCGACAACGGAACAAAUCACAAAGAGUUUCUGAUUAGAUGCGUGAACUAAACAGCGAUGUCCGACGCUCAGAUCUGGCAGGCUUUUCCCCUCACAACUAUCUAAAAUUGCCAUAUACUCCAAUGGUUUUACUGGACGUAGAAUGGGAUUAACUUUGUCUGGAAGAUAUAUUUCAUUGUUUCUUGCUGUUCAAAUAGCCUAUCUGCUGCAGGCGGUUCGAGCGGCGGGGAAAUGUGAAACAGUGUUCAAAGGUUUCUCCGACUGCCUGCUUCAUCUGGGAGAUAGCAUGGCCAACUAUCCACAGGAGCUGGGCGAGAAGGAAAACCUUCAGACCAUCUGCACUUACUGGGAUGAUUUCCAUUCAUGUGCGACCACUGCUCUGGCAGACUGUCAGGAGGGAGCCACAGAUCUGUGGGAGAAGCUGAAAAAAGAGUCCAGAAAUCUGGACUUUCGCGGCAGCUUGUUUGAACUGUGUGCGGCUGGGAACGGCGCGAGCCGAUCAUCGGUUCCGUUCGGCGUAACGCUGAUCCUCACCGCACUGUCGGCGCUCGUCACGUGGAUGCAGUUUUAACCCACGGAGAGAGAAGAAGAAGAAGAAAUAAAUAAAUGAAUCAAAGAAGAAAAAAAGAAAGAAAGGAGAAGGGAAAGACCAGACAAACCAUCAACACAAGAAUAAAAAAGAAAAAUAAUUUAUGACGAUCAAAAAUAAUCCUCACCCAAAUGGAUGUAUAAACCUAUUUCAUCUGGAGAAAAUACUUUUUUUUUUUUUUUUUUUUUUUUGCAAGAGACAAUGGCUAAAAGAAGUCUUCUGGGAAUGCUCAAGCACACUUGCCUGACUCUGGGUCGAUAUCAUGAAAUAUUUAUCAGAUAUUGAGUUGAAAUGAAGGCCUGAAUUUCUGAAAGGUCCUUGUUAGAAGUGUAGUAUUUUAUAAAAUUACCGUCUAUUAUGAAUGAAUUAUUACCGUAGGCUUUUCACAUUUUCAACUGCCAUCAUGGAUAUAGCAAGAUAUUAUCUCAUCCGUUUGUUAUAUAUGCUCUUUGUCGAUAUUUUGUUUUUAAUUUGUCAAAUUUAUUUUAGUCAAGCCAAGUAUAUGGAUGAUGUGUUAGAUGGUUGACCCACCAAUCCAGAACAAAAAUAUAAGGAAUGUCUCCAAUAAUCACGACGUUAAAAAAUAGGCUAUAAAUAAUAAUACUAUUUAUGAUAAUAACACUUAUAAUAAAUAAACCUCAGGAAUGACUAAGGCAUAUAUUUAUUGGCAUACAAGAGAGCGGAUUAUAUAUAUAGGCUAUAUAAGAUUUUAUUAAGGAACAAAGAAGUGUUAAAUGUAGCCAUUAAAAGGCUUUGAGAUAGUUGACUGUUGCCAUUUCCCCCCAAACGAUAUUUUGUUCCAUUCAAAGAAGAAUUGUCUUUUUUUAUGUAGGGCACAUGACAGUAAGAAGGCAACACUUUACAUUGCAGUGUCCAUGUUGCAUAUACCAAUGUGUAAUUACAAGCAAGAGCUCCAGAAAACAGUUCCUCAUCAAGUACACGUAGGUCAUUGUAUCACACAGUACGUACACUGCAACGUAAAGUGCGGCCUGUUUUUCUCCCGACAGUAUCGUAGCACGAGAAUAUCUGGACCUUGACAUUAAUAGUUGGAUGAGGUGAAUUUUGCUAGCUUUAUUUGAUGUUGCCAAGGCAUAGACCACGUUUCACUGCCUUCAGAAGAUGUGUGUUUUGUUUGUUCGUUCGUUUGUUCGUUUCUGGGGAUGUUGCAUAUGAAAUACCUGAAUAUUCAAAACCAUACUAGUAAAUAAGAGAUGAAUGUGAAAUGAAAAGAGAGAUACUUUAACCUAAACCGUUUUAAAACAGAUUGAUUAUACAGGUAUAUAAAAUAGACUGCUAAAAGAAAAGUAUUUAAAGUAUUAAAUAAAAACAGUUACUGUUUGAAAGA